AUGGGAAAUAGAUCCCAGAUCCAGGCUAUCGGAGUCGUAGCCCUUGACGAAGAUGUUUCCAGAGAUGAUCUGGCAGUCGUGGAGGUCCUUCAUAUCUCCAGCGGCGUUGAUCCCUCCUCGCUCGUUGUAAACGUACUUCACAGCGUCCGAGUAUUUCUUGAGCUUUGGAUUCUCCACGCUAUCGGUCAUAAUGACAUUUUUCACAACGUCGGCCGGGUACGCGGUGACCCAGAAACACGACGCGCUGAACCCGCCUGCCCAGAAGUUGAUUGCGGCGUUGCUGAGCUGCGUGUUGGCCUUGAACCAGUUGGUCAGCACCUCGUACGCCGCCCACAGAACCACAAAGUUGGAUCUGAAAAUCAUGGUUGGAAUAAGACCUUUGUAGAUGGUCCGCAGUCCGUCGUGUUUGACCAGCUUGACAAGACAAUCGAUAGGACCCGUGUACACUUUGGACUUGGCGUCGUAUUGCACUUGAAGUCUGGCCUUGAGUUGCUCUAUUGGUGCCGCAACAAAAGACACGUGAGAGAUCCAAGCAUGACAGAGUCCAUGAGCACCCAUCCUACCAGAGGAGGAGUGAAGCCUUUGUACAAACCGCGAAUACCUUCGUAUCGGAGAGUCUUCAACGUACAAUCUAAAGGACCUUUGAACCGUCCAUCGGAGGUCUGCAGACGGACUUUGACCGAGUCAAACGGAUGCCCAACAGCAUUUUUCAUCAUUCCCGAAAACACACCGGCAAUAAAGCCCGCAUAUCUCGGAGGAUGUCUGACUUCUUCUUCAACCAUGAGAUCUGAAAAAUGA